GAUUGGCUGGCUGUGUCCGCUGAGCUCUUCUUAAAGAGACAGCGCACGGUGAAGCCUCUCACGAACAAAUGGCGUCUCUCCAGCGCGGAGCAGCUGACUUCCUACCGAGCACGGCAGCGGGGACGGCGGAGAGGAUUCGUGCACCGAUCUGACGGCGGUGAUCGAGAGCAGACGUCGGUUUCUGGUUCUGCAAACAGAUCCCACUGUCAAGCAAAACAGACAGGAGAGAGUCAGCUGCAGCUUAUUUAUCUGCGCUGUUAGUGUUUCACCAGGGCCGCUGUAGAGACGACAGUAGCAGGUCAAAUGUUUCCACUUUGCUGUUGGAGGGAUACACAAUGAACAUGGGCAUCACCCCUUCAGAGAUCUCCUCCUCCUCCUCCUCCUCCUCUUCUUCCUCCUCUUCCUCCUCUGCCUGACUGGUUGGCCGCCUCUUCGUUAAUCCAAUUCAGGAGAUCAUCUUCUCAGCCCUUCCUGAGCUUACACCAUCAAGACGGCGUUAUCUCAGAAAGCCAGCUCAGUGGCGGUAAAGAUGACCACGGCACGGUACCGUCCCACCUGGGAGCUGGCCGUGGACCCCCUGGUCUCGUGUAAGCUGUGCCUUGGAGAGUUCCCUCUGGAGCAGAUGACCACCAUCACACAGUGCCAAUGUGUCUUCUGUACACUGUGCCUGAAGCAGUAUGUGGAACUCCUGAUUAAAGAAGGCCUCGAAACUGCAAUUAGCUGUCCAGACUCUGCCUGUCCCAAAAGAGGACACUUGCAGGAAAACGAGAUUGAGUGCAUGGUGGCCACGGAGAUGAUGCAGAGAUACAAGAAGCUUCAGUUUGAAAGGGAGGUGCUGCUGGACCCAUGCCGGACGUGGUGCCCUUCCUCGACCUGCCAGGCCGUGUGCCAACUAAAGGAAGCAGAUUCUCCAGCGCUGCCCCAGCUGGUCCAGUGCGCCGUCUGUGCCCUCGAGUUCUGCUCGGCCUGCAAGGCCAACUGGCACCCCGGUCAGGCCUGCCAGGAGAACAACCUGCCCAUUACCUCCUUCCUACCAGGAGAAAACAGCUCUUUCUAUAAGAACGAAGAGGAUGACGCACCAAUCAAGCGCUGUCCUAAGUGUAAAGUUUACAUCGAGAGGGACGAGGGCUGUGCGCAGAUGAUGUGCAAGAACUGCAAACACGCCUUCUGCUGGUACUGCCUGGAGUCCCUGGAUGAUGACUUUCUCCUGAUCCACUAUGACAAAGGGCCCUGUCGAAACAAACUGGGCCACUCCAGGGCGUCCGUUAUCUGGCACAGAACACAGGUCGUGGGGAUCUUUGCUGGCUUCGGUCUGCUCCUGCUGGUUGCCUCCCCCUUCCUCCUUCUGGCCACUCCCAUCGUCCUCUGCUGCAAAUGCAAGUGCAGCAAAGGCGACGACGACCCAUUGCCAACCUAACCACGCCAUCAGAGCUGGAGCGGAGAGCCGCUUCAAGGAUGGGCCAUCUUUCUUUCCUUUUCACCCCUUUUACGUUCCCCUUUUCCUCCCACCAGCUUUUGAGCGCUUCAUAUUUUUUUGGGGCUGAGCCUGCACCAGCCCCGGCCGCUUCGGGAUCCAUUGCUCUGCAUGAGAGAGGCAUGGUGGAAAAUCGUCCCUACAUCUUGGCCUGAGGAGAGGUGCAGGGUCCAAGGUCAGACUUGUCUAUGGGCCGCUGUGUCCAUGCGUGUGAGACAUUGGUGGUUUGGGGACGUGGAGGAAGUCUGGGCCGCUUCUAAGUGGUCCUCGGUUGUGGGUUACGUUGGUGUGGUAUUUUUGGCGGGUCAUUACAAACAAAGGAAAAAUGAAAGUUAAGAAAUGCUUUUCUCUUGUAUGGACAAUAUCAUGCAGGAGCCAUCUUAGAAAGAACUUUUACUUUAUCGCUCUGUUCUGUCGGUUUGUCGUACGCAACAAAAGCUUUUUUUUUUUUUUUCUCCCCACCACCACACUCGAUGUAGCUCUACUGAUUCAGUCCGUAGCAUUAGAGUUGCGCCACGCAUGUUUGGUGUCGACUCGAUUUGCACAGAGAACGUGAUUUCCAUGUCACGUUCACGACUGAGGUAGAGGCGGGAGGCUGUUGUCACUCUCAACUCGAUGUACAGCACGUCCUCUUGAUGAUGUCAAUGUUUUAUAACCUGUUGCUUUUAAUAGAACUGUGCUCAGAGUAGUGUCUAUGUGUUGUACUUUUGAGUGUUUUCCAAAACGGUUAGGUACAAUUAUUAAAGGGGAUUGCCACUCAAAUCUAAAAAAAAAGAAAAGAAAUGAAAAUGAAGAAGUAGUUUUGUUCAAUUUUCAGCUUGUGUUUUUAUACCCAAAUCUUUGCAUCUCAUUUUCUUAACACCUCCAGACAUUGGAGUCAUAUUUGUGUGUGUGUGUAUGAAAGAGAGAGAGAGAGGAUAUGUUGCUGGAGGUUGUUACAGAUUUUUUUUUUUUAAUCCUAAAUCCAGAAAUGUCCCAAAUUGAGUGGUACUCCCCUUUAAUUUAAGCAUUAAUGUAAAGUCUAUCAGAGGACUUUGUAUCCACAUGUUGUGGAACCAUUUUAAUACUACACUAAAAGAGAUGUCACUCCUGUAAUUCUCAGUCCCUGGGUGGUGGUGUAGCCAAAUAGAAAUGAAUAGCCUUAAAUUGAGAAUAGCCAAAAUCAGGCAUUUCCCCCUGUGCAUUAAAAAAAAAAGAGUUAAAAGUCAAAUCCAAAUAAUCCCAGGGAAAGCAUGUUUAACAGCAUUUUCAAGCAGUCAGUGAAGCCCUUUAUAUUCAGAUGAUUCUAUGAUGUCAUCCAUAUUCCACACUGUUGAUAGCCAUACUGUAAAAAACAAACAAAAAAACUAUCCUAAACUGAUGUUCUGUGUGACCUGGGGCCUGUAUUUUCUAAGCCUUUUUGAGCAGAAGAGCUGGUCAACAUCCACCAAACCAUCGCAAACAGAUCUCCCACUCUGUUAAGACUUAACAAAUACCCGCUGGCCCAAAAUUGCAAACUUGCAUACGUUAGUGGUCCGAGUGUCGAUGUUUUGUUUUGUUGGUAGUUAGAACUCCAACAACAAGCAGCUAUUCCUUGCAGGGACGUCAGAAAAGCCUAUAGAGUAAAUAUAAAAUGUUUUUUGGCACAUAAUUCUAAAAGCUGCUCUGUACUAUAUCACUUUAUCUAUGCAAGUUUGUACAUCACCAUUCUUAAAAGGCUAUGGAUUGAUCAUAAUAUGCCAUGGGCAGGUUCUCAUAGCGAAAGCAGCAGAAUGUUACCAUACAUGUGCAUAUCAUGUUUUUUUUUUUUAUUUAAUCAGGGAAUUAUUUAGAAACUGUCCAUUUUUAUUGUCAUCAUCUAUGUUGUGGUGUUUUGUUUUUAAGCUAUAAAGCUUUAACGUUUGGACAGAAUUUGGCCAUUUUUUUUUCUUCAUUUUUCGAGGACUCUCAAAACAGUCUAAAAAAAAAUGUUAUCCAUUUAGUUACCACAAAUUAUUUCAGUAUGUUUACCCUGUGUCAGGUCUGCUGAAUCUUUUUUUUUUUUUCUUACCUUACAUAGCCAUUCUAAUGUUUUAAAUAAGCCAUUUAUUACUGCUUACUACCCCCUCCCUUCUGGUGUAAUUUGCCAGUGUUAAUGUAGCAUUCCAUGACAAUUGUGGCUACAGUUACCAAAAAAAAAAAAAAA